AUCAGAGCAGAGUACAAGGGUGUCAAGAAGGCAUUGGGGGAGGCAUCCAGUCAGGAUAGACCAUACAAGAAUCAUUGAGACAGGUAUAAGCGACUAGCUGAUUGGAACGGGCGAGGAAGCAUCAUGCUCCAUCAUUCUAUGCGGCCGACAACCUCAAACCAAGACAGAGACGCCGAAACAACACAGAUGAUGCGUGACGAGGCGCGGAUAGAGGCUGAUCGAUUGCGCAAGGAAAUCAGUCAGAGCGCCACUGAGUUGCAACGGCUCGAAAAGCUGAGCCAGCAGGUACGGCAGGGUGGGUAUAAACGCAGUGUCACGCCGCCUCCUCUACAGCCAAGUAAAACGACACGGCCGGCCUCCAGUACGAAUGGGCUGGAAGCACGCGUACCGAGUCAAGGGAGCUUACGCUCACCCACAACGAAUGGCGCACGAUCGAGCAGUACAGGGAAACUGAUUGAACACCUACAGCAUGAAAUGAGUGGUCUCAAGUUGACGGCAGAGUCGUAUCGUCGUCAAUUUGAGUCAGAAAAGGGUGCACGCGAAGCGCUCAAGGUGAAGUAUGAUGAUAUCGAGGGAACGUUGUCGACGGCGAGGGUAGAAAGUCGGUCGCAUGCUUUGUCACUAGCGAGAAGUGAUAAAGCGCUCUCUGCUGCGAUUGCGGAGCAAGGUCGACUGGCAGGAAGGCUCAAGGAGGAGGAAGCGGCACGUCAAGCGAUUGAGGAGGCUCGUCAAGGCGACGUGACGGCCAUUGAGGCCUUGAAGGAAGCUAUUGUCAAGGAAAAGGCCAUGCGAGAACAAGUUGAGCAGGAACAUGCUGUCCUGGCAGACCAUCAUCGUCGCUUCAAAGAGGAAAACCUCGUACAGCUUGCAGCGUUACAAGAACAGUUUGCAGCAUUGAGGAAGGAUCUUGUGGGUGAUGCAAGUUCGCAGAAGGGUGUACAGCAAGCACAGAGUGAGCUUGCUGCAUUGCGCACAGAGCAAGCAGCGCAGCUUGUGGUUAUCAAGGCAGAUCGAAGCGCAUUAGCUGUUGCACGAGAGGAGGAAGCUCGGAUACUGCACGAGACGGUACGACAACUGGAGGAGGAGGUGGCGCGCGUGACAGCUGAGAUGGAGGCGCGAACAGGGACGUUGGAGGAGUUGCAGGGGCAGUGGGAGCAGAUGAAGCAGAAGGCCUUUGCACGGUCUGCUGGGUGAUGACUAGAGAAUGAAGACGAGUAUUGACAGUAGAUGAGUAGUCUAGCUAUUGUAGCUCAUGUCUCGCUACAGUCUG